UUUAAAGUGAAAGAUUGCAGGUUCCGUGUCACUCUGUUACUGUGGAAUUGUAGUUCAUUAAAUACCUUUAUGGUUUUAAAGUGUUUUGGAUUUUAUGAAAACUGGGGCUGUCACAAUUUUGGUGAGUAACUGGAAUAAUUUGAUUACAAAAAAUCUGUGAUUAUGAUUUAACGCUUAGGGCUUCUAUUCAUGGCAGUGAAGCCAGACGAUGUGAAGGUUCCCCUGGAGAAAAAAGAUUUGGAGCAUUUAAUGCAAAAACCGCAUCAUUGGUUGUCUGCCACUACUGCGUAAAAGCUUGCAGCACGGCAGCAUGUCAUCGAUUCUGAAACAUUUGAAAAUUAACCAUCCGUUCACGGAAGAAUCAGACUCCGCCAAAAAUUGCCUUUUUUUUUUUUAAUCGUGCCUUGGCCCUUGUCCCUAGCACAACCAUCAGCACUUCAGCCUUGAGUUAGGCAAAGCACUUGUGAGUAUUUUGCAGAUACCAUUUCUGGGCUGCAAAUGGCGGUCAUCCUUUGACAUCAACAUUGCACACAAGAUGAGAAAGAUACCAGAGCUUUUCCCACACACACACCGGCCUGCAGUUCACCAUGUGUGACUCACAGGGCAGUCAGUGUGGUGCACACUUCUGAGCAACUCACCUUUGGUGUGUUAAUUUUAUGCGAAACAACAACUUUUCUAAAUCAAGCCAGUUAAGAUUUAUUUAAAACAUUUCUUUAUAACUGUGAUCGGUGGUGGUGCGCGGUGGUAGUUUCUGCGGGAAAAAAUGAACAGAAAAAGGUUUCCGCUUGGGUGUCCUAAUGAACAUGAAUUAGGCGAUUCACAGUUUAGUGAGACCAUAUGACCUUUGACCUUGAUGGAGUAGUAACCUGGAUGAUUUUCUUUCAGGGUCGCUCCACAUCCACUCAACUGAGAAGGUAUCUUGUUGCGAGGACGGACACCCCUUCCUCGGCUGCUCCCAAAGCUGCCCCAUUCUCCGGCUCAGGGGAGGUAGAUGCAGAUGAAGAGGGACAGCCUGAUGCCAAUGGAACCUACAAUGAACUGUCGGCACUGGCCGACCUGUUUGAAAGUGAUGAGGGCUCCCUGUCGCCACCGGACCCGGCCAAAGACCCAGCACUGGAUAAUAUCCGGCCAGGCCAGCUACCUCCAGGGGACGGUCGGCAGAACCUCCGUAUGAAGUUCCAUGGUGCCUUUAAAAAGGGCAUCUCCAACCCCAUGGACAGGCUGGAGUCGACAAUCUACGAGUUACCCGUGGCCCCUGGCCCCAAGAAGGCCCCCAUGGACUCACUGUUUGACUAUGGCAGCUACAGGGAUACCAGCCACAAAAAGCCACGUCGGAAGAAGCUCCCACGAGGUAAGACUGAGGUUUCCUGUGAGGAAGAUGUUGUGGACCCACCGGGCUCAGACCCACCCAAAGUGGUGAAAGUCUUCAACCGCACACUGCUCUUUGAUGGCGUGUCCAGGGCUGACCCAGAGGCCCUCUCCGGCCUGCUGGAUUACCUGCAAGGUCACAACAAGAGACUCACGGACGAGGAGUUCAAAGAACCUUCUACCGGUAAGACGUGCCUGCCCAAAGCCCUCCUGAACCUUUAUGGUGGUAAGAAUGACACCAUCUCUCUGCUGACGGAUAUCGCGGAGCAGACAUCGAACCUCCAUGAAUUCAUCAACACGCCCUUCAGAGACGUUUAUUACCGAGGCCAGACAGCGCUCCACAUUGCCAUUGAGAGGCGCUGUAAGCACUAUGUUAAGCUGCUGGUGGAGAAGGGGGCUGACGUCCACGCCCAGGCCCGAGGACGCUUCUUCCAACCCAGGGAAGAGGGGGGCUACUUCUACUUCGGCGAGCUGCCUCUGUCGCUGGCAGCGUGCACCAACCAGCCGGACAUGGUGCACUACCUGACGGAGAACCCCCAUAAGAAGGCCGACUUGCGGCGGCAGGACUCCCGGGGAAACACGGUGCUGCAUGCCCUGGUGCACAUCGCCGACAACACUAAGGACAACACCCGAUUCGUCACCAAGAUGUAUGACCUGCUGCUGACCAAGUGUGUCAAGCUGUACCCCGAGUGCAAUCUGGAGGAGGUGCUGAACAACGACGGCAUGUCGCCCCUCAUGAUGGCGGCCAAGCUGGGGAAAAUUGGGGUUUUCCAGCACAUCAUUCGCAGGGAGAUCAAGGACGAGGAGGCGCGUCACCUCUCACGCAAGUUCAAAGACUGGGCGUAUGGCCCUGUGUACUCCUCCCUGUACGACCUCUCUUCCUUGGACACCUGUGGAGAGGAAGCGUCUGUUCUGGAGAUCCUGGUCUACAACAGCCGCAUUGAGAAUCGCCACGAGAUGCUGGCUGUGGAGCCCAUCAACGAGCUAUUGAGAGCCAAGUGGCAGAAGUUUGCUGCUGUCACCUUCUACAUCAGUGUGGUUUCCUACAUAGUGACCAUGGUCAUCUUCACCCUGGUGGCUUACUACAGGCCAUCCCAGGGAACGCCUCCAUACCUCUACUCCACCUCCACAGACUACCUGCGUCUGGCAGGGGAGGUCGUCACCCUGUGCUCUGGGGUCUUCUUCUUCAUCACCAACAUUAAGGACCUCUUCCUGAAGAAAUGCCCUGGGGUGAAAUCCCUGUUUGUCGACGGCUCCUUUCAACUGCUCUACUUCAUCUACUCUGUGCUGGUGUUAGUGACUGCGGGCCUCUAUCUGUCGGGUGUGGAGGCGUACGUGUCUGUGAUGGUGUUUGCGUUGGUUCUGGGAUGGAUGAACACUCUGUACUUCACCAGAGGCCUGAAGCUCACUGGUACCUACAGCAUCAUGAUACAGAAGAUUCUCUUCAAAGAUCUUUUCCGGUUUCUGCUGGUCUAUGUGCUCUUCAUGAUUGGAUAUGCAUCAGCUCUCGUGUCCCUCCUGACGGUAUGCCCCGGGCCGGAGGAGGUGUGUCCCGCGAGCGGUUGCCUCAACUACCCCCAUUGCCGGGACACAAACACCUUCAGCAAAUUCCUGCUGGACCUGUUCAAACUGACCAUUGGAAUGGGUGAUCUGGACAUGGCCAGCAGUGCCCAAUACCCAGUGGUCUUCCUCAUCCUGCUGGUCACCUACAUAAUCCUCACCUUCGUGCUGCUGCUCAACAUGUUGAUCGCUCUGAUGGGGGAGACGGUGGGCCAGGUGUCCAAAGAGAGCAAGAAGAUCUGGAAGCUGCAGUGGGCUACAACCAUCCUGGACAUUGAGCGUUCAUUCCCUGUGUGUCUGCGGAAGUCCUUCCGUGCCGGAGAGAUGGUAACCUUGGGGAAGAACUGGGACGGCACCCCGGACCGCCGCUGGUGCUUCAGGGUGGACGAGGUCAACUGGUGCCACUGGAACCAGAACCUAGCCAUAAUCAACGAAGACCCGGGCAAAAACGUGACAGAGGCUCUCCAAAGCUCCGGCAGCAUGCGUCAAACUGUCCGCGGCAUGCGGAGAGAUCGUUGGUCCACUGUGGUUCCCCGGGUCGUGGAGCAGAAUAAAGGGACUCAGCUACGGGACCAUGUACUGGAGAUGGAGUCACUGACCUCCAGGCACUGACUCUGUGCUGAGGGCUGGAGCACCCCACAGUUCAGAGGGCAUUAAGCUCUGACAAGCGUCGAGACACAAAGUUUGCAGAUUUGCACAAAACUCUGUUGCCUUGUACCAAGUAUUAAGACAAUCAAACAUUUUAAAAAUAUAUAGGAAUCUUGCAUAGAUUCAAAGCAGAAUAUAACUUUGUUUAUCAAGUGCUAUUUUUUAGAUUUGUUUGAAUAGGUAGUCCAAGCUCGGAUUUCUGACCAAUAUGUUUUUACUGAGGAUGAACAGUGCCUUAAGGUUUUAACCCAAGCGGAAGUUACAUCUGAAUCUCAUUGGAUGGUAACAGACUGAAUGCCAUUGUUUCAUCUUUAAACGUGCCUGUUUUUUCUUGAGACUUUGUAGAUGGAUGGGGUCUACUGGGAAACUCCUGGUGAAUGUUUACAGUAUUGUAUAGAGACUUCCCCCAGGGGGGUUGCAGUAUACCGUGUAUAAUCGAUAUAUAUCGCUUACAUCCUGAAUCCACCUCUCCUAAAAUGAACUGCUAGAAUUUCAAAUAACCUUUUGGGAUGUAUUGGUAUGUGUGUGUUUUUGUACUAAAUAACACAAAACUAGAGCUAGAAUCAAAUGAUGGCCCGUGGUUAAUUUCCAUCAAUCCAGUCCUGUUGAAGGUCAGAGGUUUGUGUAUUAUUAUGCUUGGAUUAGAUUGCUUUUUGGUGAUGCAUUCACAUCGCUCCAACCACCAGACGUUUCUUCAAAACUGUGACUCCAUGAAGCGAUCAAUUGAGCAGCGGAGGGAAAAUUCAGGGAGGGUCGUCAGGCAAGAUUGCUUUGGUCAUAACUAAACAUUGUAUGUGUUUUAUUAAGUGUCGAUAUCUCACAGCAACAUGUAUUGGAAAACAAAUACAGAUGAUUUAUUGAGAGGAAAAUAAUAUAUUCUCCCCUUAACAUCUAAAGAGGUUUGGUGUUCUACCAAAAUGAAAAUAUACUUGUUUCAAGACUUUAUGUAUUGGAACAUUUUCUACUGAUUCAACAUCACCCAGGGAAUGGUUUUGAAUAUGGGAAGGUCUGCUAUUGUAGUAAGGAAUAUGUUAUGUAAAUGUGAGAUUUGUAAUGAAUAAUGUUUUUCCAUGGUGUUUUGUCUAACCCUUUUGGGACAUUAUUGUAUUAAUAUAUUCCUAUGUAUUUUUUGUUUUAUUUUAUACAAUUCUUUAUACAUUUUGCAAAUAAGUUAAAUCCUGGUUCUCUGUGCCUUUUUAUGAAUUUCACAUUAGAUAUAUGAUUUCCGGCUGUUUUGAAUCCAUAAUGUACAGCAAUCAUUAAGUUGGCCAGCAGAUGGAAUCAGAGGUCUUAAUACUGUCAGUGGCCUCAUCACCACAGCACAAAGGUUGUGUUCAUUAGGCACCAAACAGAAGAAAACUAACUGAAAUAUAUCACUUGAGAGUAGUCCAAAUGAAUAUGACCCUGCCCAGCUAAGCUGACCUCUCCAAUUUAAAAGGACAUUCUCAUCAUUCAAAACUCUUCUGACCCUGAAAGCAGCUCUGCGCUUUCCCCCUUCAAUCAAUCACCCAGAUCCUGUGUCUGCCUCUUGUCUGGUUAAAAUGUCUUGUGUCUCAGGAAUAUAUUGGGCAAACGUGCUGUUUGGACUCUCCAGACAUGACAGCUGUAGUCAGAGACUUUCAGGGUGCUGAUACAUGUGACCAGAUCCCCGCUGUCAAAAUGUUCCUAUUCAUUAUCUAGAAGGGGAAUCUGAUCCUGGAGCAGCACUUCUCUUUCCCCCCUCCGUCCAGCCCCAGCCUCGCUGAAGGACACAGGGAAUAUCUUGGCGCAAGCUAAUCCUCUUUGCCCUAACUUUAACUGAACCGCUAAUCCUCCAGGUUUAUCUGAGCGGUGUGAGCACCUAGCUAGCUCUGCCUGUCCUCUUCCCCUGUAGCCUCUUAUUAACUAGGACAAAGCCGAAGGAUGCUAGUGUCACCGUCAGCAACUCUACAGAACCACACGCUCGUGCAGGAACUGGAAGCCGUUAACCUGAGAGGUUUAUGUGCUUUGCUAAUCAUGUGUCACUGUGUUUCUGAUGCAACGCCACAAGCGGCGGGCAACAGGGUGUCUCUCCCUGUGUUGAGCCCUCUCAUUGGUCGACUGUGUCUAACGUGUCCUUUAAUGUCUUAAUAGGGACACUGUCGUUAUGUAACUGAGCUGUAGCUUUGGCAGCACAGUGUCCAGAUAUUACUGUGCAGCUAACCAGGCCAAUAGAAGCAGAACCCCCAUGAUGAUAUUAUUUCAGACUUGCCCGUUCCACUCAUGUUUGAUUUCCUUAGUCAGAGUUGCUUUUAUUGUAUUUAGGUAUGCCUACAUUAUGAUACUGAUAGGACACAACUAGGAUCAGCUGACCUGCUGAGCCCAUUGAUAGGGUCAGUUAUUACUUUUAAGUUAUAAAAAAUGUGUAUAUGUACACAGUUUUGUUUAAAUAAAUUAAAUGAAAGCUGUUAACCCUCGAUUGGGCUUUGAAGGAAUUGGACUCUAAGACAGCGUUUUCAUUGAUGGUGAACAUCAUGGGACCAUAUUUAUCACUCAAAACUGUUUAAA